AUGAAUCAAUACUUUUUUCUGCAUACUUACUUUCAAGUGAGCCGCUUGAUAGGACUGUGCAAUCUGCACUACGAUUUCUCGAAUCAUCGGUUCAUCCUCAAUCACGUGCCCACAGUGGCAUACUGUGUGAUCGUGAAUGUGGUCUAUCUCUUGAUCCUUCCAUUUGCCCUGUUCCUGCUAACUGGUAACAUCUACGAUUGCCCAGAUGCGGGCAUGUUUGGAGUGGUCUACAACGUGGUGGCUCUGACCAAACUCCUGACCAUGCUUUUCCUAAUGAGCAGUGUUUGGAUACAGAGGCGUCGAUUGCAUAAGUUGGGAAACGACUUGAUGAAAAUGGUGCACAAAUUCCGAUUUAAUCUUGGAAACGAUUGUAGGAAUAGAUGCCUGUGCAAGGCUCUGCUGACCAGCUCUAGAUUUUUGCUCCUUACCCAGCAGCUGGUGACCCGGGACUCAGUGGUUAAUUGCGAGAGUAACUCCAGUUUGAGAAGAGCUAUGGUUCCGUACCAAAGGGCUGCCAUAGUGUACGCCUUAAUCAUGAUUCUAUUAAUGAGCUAUGUGGAUUUGACUGUCUAUAUGGUCGAAGUGGCUGGCAAUUGGCUGCUGGUAAAUAUGUCCCAGGUGGUUCGGGAAAUGGUCCAAGAUCUAGAGGUACUACCCGAGAGGAAUGGCAUUCCGCGGGAGAUGGGACUGAUGCAGAUCCUUGCCGCCUGGCAAAAACUUUGGAGGCGCUGUCGCCGUUUGGAUGCGCUGCUCAAACAGAUCGUUGACAUCUUCCAGUGGCAGUUGCUCUUCAACCUGCUAACCACGUAUAUAUUCAGCAUUGCUGUUUUGUUUCGAAUGUGGAUUUACCUGGAAUUUGAUAAAAACUUUCAUUUAUGGAAGGGCAUAUUAUAUGCGGUUAUUUUUCUGACCCAUCACGUCGAAAUCAUAAUGCAAUUUUCCAUUUUCGAGAUCAACCGCAGUAAGUGGUUGGGACUUUUAGAAGGUGUCGGAAAUCUAUGGGACAUUAAUAAUUCGGGAAGCCAAUGUAAUAAAAGCCGGGGUAUGAUUCUGUCAAGAAAGUUAGAGUUUUCCCUGUUCUACUUGAAUCGCAAACUCCAACUGAAUCCAACACGUGUGAGACGUCUGCACAUCGUUGGAUUGUUCGAUCUGAGUAAUCUAACCGUCCACAACAUGACCAGGAGUAUAAUAACCAAUGUGUUAGUUCUGUGUCAGAUUGCCUAUAAAAUAUAUGGUUGA